AUGACACAAUUUGGAAUAACUAAUUCAAACAAUAAUGAACUAGAUCGUAUUCUUCCAUUACCAUAUCUUCCAACAUAUAUUGCACGUCGUCCGGUUAGUUCAAAAUCAAAUUCAGAAGAUACGAUACCAAUUUAUAAUUCAAUAUUUGCAACAAAUUGGCUAAAAGCAUCGGAUAAUCAUGCUGCAAAACAUCGUAAUGUUUAUGGUUCACCAUAUAUAAAUAUUGAUCUAGAAUCGAUCCAAACUUUACCGAAACAAUAUGAUACAUAUAAGCAAUAUUUAUAUCAACAGGAUAAUCCUAAUUCAACCGAUUCAUUGAAUCGAAUUCAUCCAUUAAUUGUUCCAAAUCAUUUAACACGAACAAGUAUGAAAUGGUCUCAAUUUCUUGACGAACAUCCUGAUCGUUUUAAAAUUAAUUAUCCAUUACCUGAUGAAGAAAAUGAUUUAUAUGUUCCACCUCGACCAGGCCGUUAUCCUUAUCAAACAAAUAAAGAAUUACCUAAUUUCUAUGCAGGAUUAACAAGUCGAAUUCAUCCUGUAACAAAUCCAUUUCGACAAAUGGAAUCAAGACAAAAGUGUACAGUUGCUCAUCCAAUAUGGAUUCCUUAUGGUACUGCAUCUCAUCGAUAA